UCGUCCGUUUCUAGAGCUUUCUGAAAUCUGCGCCGGCACGUAUCUGAGUGGCACGCUAGAGAAUUACCGAAGAUUUCCGCGAGUCAUCGUCCAGCAAAGCUUUCAUACGAAGAAGACAUCGGAAACGUGAUAAAAACUAAUAUUCUCGGCCUGCAUAAUGAGUGAUCAGGUGGCUUUGUUAAAAGACAAAGGAAACGCUGCUUUGCAAGAAGACAAAUUCGAUGAAGCCAUCAAGUGUUACACAGAAGCCAUUGCCUUGGACAGUAACAAUCAUGUACUCUACAGUAACCGUUCGGCAGCAUAUGCAAAGGCUAAGCAAUAUCAACUGGCAUUGGAAGACGCAGAGAAGACUGUUAACUUGAAAUCAGACUGGGCAAAGGGUUAUUCACGCAAGGGCAGUGCUCUGGCUUAUCUGUGUAGAUACGAUGAGUCUAUCGAGACUUAUGAGAAAGGUUUGCAAUGUGACCCCAAUAAUACCCAACUUAAGAACGGUCUGAUUGAGGUGAAGGCCCUGAAAAGAGCUUCUAUGAGCAAUCCCUUUACCGCGCCUGAUAUUUGGUUGAAGUUAGCCAAUGAUCCCAGAACAAAAGCAUAUCUAUCAGAUCCUGAAUAUUUGAAGCUGUUACAAGAACUGCGGAACAAUCCACAGAGUCUCAGCUGUAGGCUCCAAGACACCAGAGUGCUCACCACCCUUAGUGUACUAUUAGGAAUGACUGAGCAGGGAGAACCGAUGGAAACCGAGCCGAUGAAGUCAUCAGAACCUUCAAAAUCUAAAUCGGAAACGAAACCCGAGAAGAAGGAAGAGGAUAAUCUUCCGCCUGAGAAAAGAAAAGCGUUAGAGGAGAAGAAACUCGGUAACGAGGCUUACAAGAAGAAGUGCUUCGAGGAGGCUCUGGAACACUACAAUAAAGCCGUGGAAUUAGAUUCCACGGAAAUCAUUUAUCUGCUAAACAUAGCGGCGGUGUACUUCGAGCAAAAAGAAUAUGAGAAAUGUAUCGAUCAGUGCAGCAAGGCUAUCGAGGUCGGUAGGGAGAACAGGGCGGAUUUCAAAUUGAUAGCGAAAGCGUUCACGAGAAUCGGUCAUGCUUAUAAAAAGAUGGAGAACUGGAAGCAGGCCAAGGUUUAUUUUGAAAAGGCCAUGUCUGAGCACAGAACGCCGCAGGUUAAAACCUUACUUUCAGACAUAGAUAAAAUAAUUAGGGAGCAGGAGAGGAAAGCUUACAUCGACCCGGUGAAAGCUGAGGAGGAGAAGGAACUGGGAAAUCAAAAGUACAAAGAUGGCGAUUACCCCGCAGCUAUAAGGCAUUAUUCCGAGGCGAUCCAGAGAAACCCGGACGAUCCCAAGUACUACAGCAACAGAGCGGCGUGUUACACUAAAUUGGCGGCGUUCGAUCUCGGUUUGAAAGAUUGCGAAAAGGUGGUCGAGCUAGAUCAGAAAUUCAUCAAGGGCUGGAUUAGAAAAGGAAAGAUUCUGCAGGCUAUGCAGCAGCAGGGUAAAGCCGUGUCGGCGUACCAGAAGGCACUGGAAUUGGAUCCACAGAACAGCGAAGCGUUAGAAGGCUAUCGUUCCUGCGCUGUGUCCGUUAGUUCCAAUCCGGAGGAAGUCAGGAAGAGAGCGAUGGCGGAUCCGGAGAUCCAGACUAUAUUGCGGGAUCCGGCGAUGCGGUUGAUCUUAGAACAAAUGCAAAGCGAUCCAAGAGCUUUACAAGACCACCUGAAGAAUCCAGAUAUAGCUGCAAAAUUGCAAAAACUUUUGGAAUCUGGUCUCAUAGCUAUCCAUUGAAGAUGACAUUCGCAUUCGUGUAUUGCAGAUACAUUAGCCGUAUGGGAUACUUAUCAUCGUGUUGCUCUUAAAAUCUGUGUUCAAAGAACCAUUCGAAGUAGACGUUACGUUGUACACAUGAUUCUUUCGUGCAGAUGCAGUGGCCUUUAGUGUCAUCGAUGACUUGCAUUACAAGACUUGUUAUGGUGAUCGUACGUAUACCAAUUACAAAUAUAUACAGAUGUGAAACUCUUUGUGACAAAAAUGCAGUGUAAUUGUGGAGCUGUGAACUCUUGUGUAAUAUUUACAUAAAAAAAAAAACUUGCUCCAAUAUCUGAACCGUGAAUAUCAUUACCUUGAGAGUAAUAGUGCUACGUUUUAGAUAAAAAUUGUGUAGAAUUAUUUGAUAGAAAUAUUAAUCAUUUAUAAUAGUAAAUUCUCCAUGAAAUUAUUUCUGUAUAUGUGCACAUAAUUUUAUUUUAUCAGUGGCUUAACUAUUAUUGAUUAUUAGUUCUUACUGAUACUAGUUAUAUGAUGAAUGCGAAGUCAAAUUAAGGCGCCCAGCAAGUAUAAUACAAGGAAUGCUUCGAAUAAACAUAUAUAAACUUCUUUUUAAAGCAAA